UGCCGCCGCUGAGAAGGCCGAGGCUGACAAGAAGGCCGCCGAGGAUGCCGCGGCUGCUGCCACCGUCACCGCCGCCGCGUGGACGAUUGGAGGAGGCAGGGGCAUCCUUUCUUGGUCUGCAGCUUUCACCUCUGUUGCUUCAGAUAGCGGCACAAGUGGAGCAGGAGGCUACAAUUGAUUUUAUACUAUGGCCUGUCGUGGAUAAUCGGUGCAUGGUAGGAAGAACAAUGGCAAAACGAGGACGGACUGAAGGCAGCGGAUUCCGUGUUGGUCGGAGAGGAAGACAUUGUCUUUAUCUAAGUGCCUCCUGCAACCAUCUCCUUGUAGCCUCAGAUAAUGACUUCAGAUGGAGAGGGCCGUAUAAAUGGCAUGCCAGGGAGCCACCAUUACCUAUGUUCGGGUUGGUUACCAUAAUCAAAUCCUUUUUUGCCCUUCUAAAUUAGUUGGCUCGAUUUCGUUGAUAAUUGAGUAUGAUUGGCAGUAUAUACUCCAGUGUCUUCGUUGUUCUGUUUUAUAAUCCAAUUGCCAGGAUGUUUGCUAUAUUUUUAGUAUGUACGUAGAUCGUAGGGACAUUACUGUAGUACAAAUGUCUUCUUUACAGGUUAUGCAGUCAACACAUUUUCUGUCUUUCGCCCUGUUUGUUUGCUGAAGCUCGUGCUCAUGUUGUAAUUGUGGCAUGUAAUCAGUCCCUGAUCCAUGUGUGUGUGUGUGUGUGUGUGUGUGUGUGUGUGUGUGUGUGUGACCGGAAAGGUUGG